AUGCAGCCCAUCUCUUCCCACGACGAGCCUGACAUGGCUGUCGAGCCUGAAGAUGAUACCGUGGAGGAUACCAUGGCGGGGGAUGUCAUCGCGGAAGACAAUGAGCGCAUGGGUCGCAGUCAGCGCAUCACCUUUGAAGAUUCCGAGACCACCGAUGUCGAAGGCGUGCGUUCCAUCUACCAACCAGCUCAGUUCGGACGUACCCGCUCUAUGAGUCGUGACAGCACCCACAGCAACUCCGGCAAUACUGGCAUCCCCAUCGAAUUCCGUACUCUCUCCAUCCAGAUAUCCGAGUCCCAGACUCGUCCUAAAGAAGUCGUCCAUGAACCACCCAAGGACAAAGUCCCUAACCAAGACUACUUCGAGAGCCUGGACUUCCACAACAUCCCACAAGACAAGAUCUGCCAGGAGUUCAAUGUGGACCCACGAUUUGGUCUCAGUGUUGAAUCAGCUGCAAUGCGUCUGCAACGAGAUGGCAAGAAUGUCAUCUCCCACCAUCGCGAGAACUACCUCAAAAAGAUUUUCUUCUAUGUCUUUGGUGGUUUCUGCUCCGUCCUCUGGGUCGGUGUCAUUAUCUUCUUUAUCUGCUGGCAGCCACUGAGCAAUCCGCCUUCGCCUACCAAUCUUGCCAUGGCUAUUCUUAUUAUAAUUGUUAUUACCCUCCAGGCCAGUUUCUCGGCUUUCCAAGACUGGUCAACCAAGCGAGUGAUGAAUUCGAUUUUGAACCUUCUCCCUGCUGAGGCUCUCGUUUUGCGCGAUGGAAAGCAAAUGCGUCUCCCAGCUACAGAGCUGGUGGCCGGUGACAUCGUGCAGAUCAGUGUGGGGAAUAAAGUCCCCGCCGAUAUGCGUCUGCUUCAAACCUCCGGAGAUAUUCGAUUUGAUCGUGCGAUCCUUACUGGCGAGUCUGACGAAAUUGAUGGUGCCACUGAUGUUACCGAUGCGAACUUUCUGGAAACUCGAAACAUCGCUAUGAUGGGAACUCUGGUCACAAACGGCAAUGCUACUGGCAUAGUAGUACUUACAGGCAGCUCUUCGGUUAUGGGCCGUAUUGCUAAAAUGACAGCUGGUGUCAAGCAGAAGCCAACCCUAAUUCAGAAGGAAAUCAACCGAUUUGUUAUGAUCAUCGUUGCUAUGACUGUUGUUCUCGCUUUGCUCAUCCUCUUCACUUGGCUCGGAUGGCUUCGCAAAGAUCAUCCUAGCUACAUGAGCGUGGUAGCAAUGUUGAACAAUGUUAUGGGCUGCGUGGUUGCCUUUAUCCCAGAGGGUGUUCCUGUUGGCGUUGCGUUGACGCUCAUGAUGAUCGCCCGUCGCAUGAAGCAGACAAAUAUUCUGCCUAAGGGAUUGGCUACAGUCGAAACACUGGGUUGUGUUAAUGUUAUCUGCUCGGACAAGACUGGAACACUGACUCAAAACCGGAUGUACGUCAAGUCACUUGGUAUGGUGGACUGGGAAUACAGCAUCGACGAUUUAGUGCCUGGCAUGGAAUCUUCAGAGGGGUUGAAAAAUUUUAUUCGCGCGUCUGUUCUCUGCAAUGAUGCUACUUUCGACCCGGAGACCCUGAGCCUGCCCAUUUAUGAGCGUUCUGUCAACGGAAACGCUACCGACGCAGCUGUCCUACGACUCGCUGAUAGCGUUGGCGCUACCUCGGCAAUGAACCUUGAUCCUUAUGAACGUGUCCACCAAAUUCCUUUCAACUCCAAAAACAAAUGGAUGCUUACCAUGCACCGGGAUCCUGCUUCAACAAAGGAAUACAUACUGUACGUCAAAGGUGCACCGGACGUUUUAUUGGGUCGCUGUUCAACCUACUGGUCUGCUGUCGAUAAUGCCAUUCGACCACUUGAUACCCAUGCCAGACAGAAACUCUCCGAUUUCCAAGCCAAACUCUCGCGCCGCGCUGAGCGUGUCAUUAUUCUUUGCCAGCGCCGUUAUACCCCCCAGCACCCCCUGGGAACUAAUGGAUUUAACGAUGAAAUGCUUGAAUCCGGUCCUCAAGACUUAACUGUUCUUGGUAUCUUCGGCAUUAUUGAUCCACCACGACCGGAAACUGCCCAAACUGUCGCAGCAUGCCGACGUGCGGGUAUUCGAUUCUUCAUGGUCACUGGCGACUUUGGACUGACCGCUGCGGCCAUCGCCCGGGACAUCGGCAUCUUUGAAGGAGAAGCUGAACCAGAUACCAUCACUGAUCUCCGCGAAGGCUUUUCCAAGGAAAAGUCCAUCCCCUCUCGACGCAGCUUGCUUCUUGAAGGUACCAGUCUUUCAUCCCUGAGUCACGAAGAAUGGUCUACAGUUUGCGAGUAUGAAGAAAUCGUCUUUGCACGUACCAGUCCAGAACAAAAGCUCCGCAUCGUCUCAGAGCUCCAAGCAAAAGGAAACUACGUCGCCGUAACAGGUGACGGUGUGAAUGAUGCCCCAGCCCUCCGCGCCGCUGACGUAGGAGUCGCAAUUGGAGGCGGCAGCGACGUUGCCAUCGAAGCAGCCGACCUCGUCUUACUCGAUCGAUUCGAUUCGAUAAUCGAAGCAAUUCGUCUCGGCCGUCUAGUCUUCCAGAACCUCCAAAAAGUCAUCGCCUACCUUCUGCCAGCCGGUAGUUUCUCUGAAAUCUGGCCCGUGUUAAUGAACGUCUUCUUCGGCUGCCCCUCACCACUUUCCUCAUUCCUCAUGAUCGUCAUCUGUGUCUUUACCGAUCUCUUCAACUCCCUCUCACUCAUAAUGGAGAAAGAAGAAUUCGACCUGCUUAGCAUUCCCCCUCGAAACCCUCGCAAAGACCACCUGAUUAAUCUACGCAUCUACGGACAAGCCUACCUCUUUGUCGGUGUCAUGGAAGCCUUCGCCGCACACGCAAUGUUCUUCGUAUACAUGUACGACGCAGCAGGUAUCCCAUUUCAUGAUCUCAUUUUCUCCUUUGAAAAAUACUCCGAUGGAUUCCACGGCUACACAAUGGAUCAACUGAAUCAUUUCAAUUACGUCGGUCAGUGCGUCUACUUCGUUACAUUGGUGAUUAUGCAAUGGGGAAACAUUCUCUCUGUUCGGAGUAAACGCAUGUCUCUUCUUCAGGCGGAUCCUGUUCGUCCUGCUCGUCGCAAUCCAUGGCUUCCUCUUGCUAUGAUUAUUUCUCUUGUUAUUGCUAUAUUUGUUACUGAGGAACCUGGGCUUCAAAGGUUGUUCCUUACUGCAUCGGUGCCUAUCAAGUACUGGCUUCUGCCGUUAGCGUUAGCACUGGGUGUUCUUGUUAUGGAUGAGCUGCGGAAGGUUCUUGUGCGGUUGUUCCCUAAUGGUCCUGUGGCGUGGAUUUCUUGGUGA